AUGGCGGACAUAGACCCCGAGAUCGCUCAUUUUCGUUCCCAUCAAUGGGUUAACUCCCUCAUCUCAUCCGAGGACUAUAUCCCUAUCCCCACAGACUCGCGGCGGAUCAAGCCCUCCACCGGAGAAGAUGGAUAUUUCGCCAACACAUUAGGAACGCCGUCUACUAUCCCACAUGUUCUCACUCUGACGCGACGUGAAAUUGCCCAGCCCCCAUCUGAGGCUCCCACCUGGCUCCCCGCAACUAAGCAAGAUGCCGCUGCCGCCACAAAACCCACACCAGGCAUAACCCCAGCGGAUGUGAUCAUGAUAUUUGAGCUGGGAAGCCCGGGUCUGUCCGGUCAUCCAGCUACUGUUCAUGGAGGUGUCGUGGCGACAAUGAUCGACGAGGCAAUGUCUCUUGCUGUUGCGGCGCACAAGAAUGGACCUGGAUCCACGGCUGUCUCGAUGGAUGAUAACCCCCGCGGAAAAGUAUUCACUGUUCAACUGGAUAUUCGAUAUAAGCAGCGGGUAAAAACGCCUGCUUUGCUGGUUGUGAGGGCCAAGGUUGUUGGGCGUGUUGGCAGGAAGUUCUGGGUGCGGGCGCAAGCUGUCCAGGAAGAUGAGGAGGGUGCUGGUGGUCAUUUGGAAUGGGCAAAGAGGAAAGUUGUCAAGGCAGAUGCCAUGGCUUUCUGGAUUGUGACGCCAGAGGAGAGUCUCUGA